AUGGACAAGGAGCCAGAACAAGCUAGUUUAAAAGCAAAGCAACUUUUUCAAAUUACUAAAGGACGCCGAAUUAUUGUGGACUCUUCUUUGCCUUCCGGAGAUGGUACUUCAUUAUCAACGUCUAAAUGGCAAGGUGGAAGUGAGUCAGCUGUAUUCAAUCAAUUGGAAUCAAUUGCUCGUAGUCCAGAGCCUCGUACACCAUUUUUAAAUGCACAACUAACUCGUGCAUUGAAUCCGAAACUUGUUAAGGAUGAUUUUUUACCAAGUCGUGUAAAUUGGGUUGUACAAAGUUCUGCUGUUGAUUAUUUACAUUGUAUGCUUGUUUUAAUGCGUUGGCUUAUAAAUAAAUUUAAAAUUCCUGCACGUUUAUGUAUAAGUAUUCAUGAUGAAUUGCGAUAUAUUUGUCCAAAAUCACAUAUGUAUCAAGUUGCAUUAGCUUUGCAAGUCAGUUUAGCUAUUAUUAUUACUAUUAUUACUAUUAUUACUAUUAUUAUUAUUAUUAUUAUUAUUAUUAUUAUCGGUGUUUAG